AUGUGCGCGUGGCGUUUGGAUUUAUGGGAGCGCCGUCCAGCUGCGCUGAUGGCUUCGGAACGGCGAUCCGGCGGCGGUGAGACUCGAGGCCAUAUCGCAUUUCGAGGUGCUGGUCUGGGAGAGGGAACAGGUUGCUGCGCCUUGACUCAGCCGUCACCACCAUUCCCCGGAAAACGUGCAAUCGCCGAAGGACACGUGUGUCGUCGAAGGGGUACUGCCGAACAACACCACAUCCUCGAUCCCACCAUCUUGUACUGGGAUCCGAAGCAAAUCGUGUGCACGAGGUCAGUUUAA